AACGCCAGCAUCGACUAUCGCAACACCGCACACCUUCCACAUCCACGCACCACACAUCCACACACAGCGUCGCCUGCGCUGCAUGUCUGGGUUUCCGUGGUGGUACGGCCCUCGCUGGCCUGUGCGGUACUUUGUGCCUUCCUCACGCCAUGCACAGGACCUCCCACAGCCGCCUGUGUGGCAUGCGCGUCGCAGAGCCAGCCACACACGCCAACACCAAGCAACAGACGACGACAACGACGACGACCAACCUGUCGAUGACAGUGGCGUCAGUGCUGGGAGCGACGUGGACGCUGAGGAAUCCAACGGCUGCUUGCAUCUCGUGUUCUUUGGGGACUUUAUGCCCAUGGGCAAGGCACCGCGCCACAUCGACCCAGAGAUUGUGGCGCUGAUGAGCAGUGCAGACGCCGUGCUGGGGAACCUGGAGACCCCUGUCGUGAAACGGCGCAAGAUCCUCCAGCACUUUACGGCAUAUGUCUUCCACUCGCUCACAAAGUCACACCUGCGCGCCUGGCUAGCGGCUCUACGCGUCCAGCCGUCGCGCUUGUUUCUGUCCCUGGCCAACAAUCAUGCCUUUGACUGGGGUGACGCCGGCCACAGGAGCACGCUGGAAAUCCUGCGAGAGCUGGGGGCAACGCCAAUUGGCAGCGGGGCCUCGCCGCAAAUCGUUACCGUGGCACCGGGGGUUGGCGUCGUGGCGUGGACACACUGGCUCAACAUCGCAGGCAACACCGAGGCCGUCACCACAGACGCGGAUAUCCAGCAGAUGCAGCAGCAGCAACAGCAGCAGCAGCAGCAACAGCGCGACUGGCACCGGUUAAAGCAGGAGCGCGGGCUGCACACGCUCGUUGGCAUGCCGCACUGGGACAUUGAGUUCAACUUCUACCCGGCACCCGACACGCAGGCAACCGCACAGGCGUGCCUUCACGCAGGGAUGGACAUGCUGGUUGGUGCACACAGCCACACGGCGCAGCAGGUGCUGCUGUAUGUGCCGGCCGACAACAACACACCGGCCAAAGACAAUGAAGGCAUAGAAGGCAGGCGCUCACACACGCGUAGUGCUCGUGCGCACAGGACCAUGCACAGUGAGGCAGAUCCUCUGCUGCACGAGCAACCACCAGGACGUGGAAAUGGCAGCAGCAGUGGCCGUAAUCGUGGUGGUGGUGACAGUGGUGGUGGUGUUGAUGUUGACGGUGAUGUUGACAGUGGCGGUGGUGGUGGCGGUGGUGGUGUUGGUGGGAGGUGGAGGGCGCUCACAGCAGCAGAGCUGAAAAAGGGGUGGGUCACGGACGGGGUGGGGGUGACAGCUUGCCAUCAGGUGACGAGUAAUGGUGUGCAGCAGCAAGGGAGAGCUGCAAUGCCCAGCAGGAGCCAGCGACGACCUUUUAGGGACUUGUGGAAGAGGUGGAGGCGAAGGGAUGCGCAGCAGCAAGCUGAAGAAGACUGCGAUGAAGCCAGCAGCACUGUGAGCCAGCGUGACACGCAAGGCAACAUACAGCAUGGAACCGUCAGAGACUCACACCAGCAUCAGCACGAACGUCCCAAACAACAACAACAACAACAACAACAACAACAACAACAACAACAACAACAACAACAACAACAACAACAACAACAACAACAACAACAACAACAACAACAACAACAACAACAACAACAACAACAACAACAACAACAACAACAAAACCACAAGCUGGUUGCGUACAGCCUCGGGGACUUCAAUGGCUUUCCCUUACCGGCAGCAGUGCAGCAGCGCGACCACACCAUCGGACAGCUUCUGAGCGUACGCGUCAACAAGGACACGGGCGAGCUUGUGUCGUUCUGCGUGCACUGGAUCGAGUGGCUGCCCAGGCAACGCCACCUCGUCCUCGCACGCGACUUGCCGUCCGAGUUUCAAGCACCACGUGGCGAUGCUGGUGGUGGCGAUGCUGGUGGUGGCGAUGCUGGUGGUGGUGGUGGUGGUCGAGGUGGUGUUGGUGGUUCCAACCGCGCUAUUGGCAGCAGUGGCGAUGACAACGACGGUAACGGUAGUGGUUGUGGUCGCGGUCGUGGUUCGGACAGUCCGAGAUGA